AUGCAACUUGUCCAUUUUAUUGUCGGUAAGUGAAAUCUGGGAACAAAAAAACGAGUCCCUAGGGUCUUAAAUGAUGAAUUUUUUUUUCUCGAAUAAAAUGGUAAAUGGCAGUCUUGGGACUUGCUGUGACCCAUAUUUUUGCUUCAUUUUUUUUUGAGGUUUGGCACUUUUGCUGGCCGUCUCGUUGGCCGCCGACGAUCGUGUGAUGGGAUGGAACAAGGCGCACGGUCUGUGGGGAAAACGAUCCGUUCAGGAUGCUUCGGUACGCGUUUUCCGCACUUUGCGCCACCGUUUUUACCAUCAAUUUUUUUUUCAGCAAGACAAACGGACGCCUCAGAACUGGAACAAGCUGAACAGUUUGUGGGGUAAACGCUCGGCCGGAGUCGCUGUUGAUUUCGACGCCGAACCGUUGUAUGAGGACGACGACGUCGCCAUGUUCAUCAAAAGGUCUCUCAAAAAUUGUUCUGCAUAAUUUUGACACCUGGGACUGCACACGGCGACAAAAAGACUAGAAAGGGGCGUGGCCUAAUCUGAGACGCGUUUUCUGAAAAUUGCCGCAAUUCCAGCACUUUUCCGAUAUUUUUGUGUUUGAUAUCGACGAAAGAAGAGACAUUAAUGAGAGAAAACAUUGCAAUUUUCAUGAAAACGCCGCGUUUGAGACGUUUUUCGAAUAUUUCGCAAUACGCUCUCCGCCGCAAUUUCGGAAUUUUCAUACCGGCCGAUGUGGAUAGUUUUGAGACGAAGUGAGUGUCGAAAGUGAUUAAGCACGUUAAUACAAGUAUUUUAAGCGUUCAAACGGCAAAAAGUGUCGGCGAAUGACUGAAAUUCACGCAUUUUCAGCAAAAAACUUGAAAAUCGAUUCAAUUGAUUCAUUCUCUGAUUAAAACCUGCUCGUUUUAAGCUCAAAAAGUGAGCGGCGAUUAGUUUGACAUAGUUAUGCAAUUACAUCGUCGAAAUCGUACAAAAUUUGGGUAAUUUUUGACGAAAAACAUGAAAAAUGGGGUUAAAUUUCGAAUUUCGCGCCAAAAUGGUGAUAAACCGUGCACGCUGGCCACGCCCCUUUCUACCGGACUUGCAACGGGCCGGGCCGGGCCAAAAUUGGAAAUUUUCCGGCCCGCGGCCCGGUCGGCCCGGGAGGAUGCACCUAAAAAUUCAAAGCGAACUAGAACUUCGAAACGAACAUAAUUUUAUAGACUUAAAAAGGCAAUGUUAUAGCAUAAAAACCUUUAAAAAAAUAGAAAUUGCUGUUUAAAAUUGCAAAAUUUUCACAAAAAUUGCGAAAAUUUUCUCAAGAGUGGGCGGAGCGAUUGAUUGCAACUCUGGCACGCCAUUUUAGCAAUUUUGCCGCACGCGUUUUCCUCUUCCUUCAUAUUUUUUUUUGCAUAUUUUUUUUGAGGUCUAACUUCCGGGCCGACCGGGCCGGGCCGGGCCGACGAUUUGCUGGCCCGGGAUUUGGCAAGUCUGCUUUCUACGUUUUUGCUCGCCGUACUGCAUUUCAUCAGUUGACUCACUUGACUACGCUUGAAAGUUAGGGUUAGCUCAAUGCGCGAAAUUUCCUCAUGACUAACUUCUAAGAGCUACAGUACUCCAGGCCGUGUUCUUACAAAAAAGUGGUAAACUACAAAAAUGUAGAGCUUAUCAUGAACUGUCUUUAUGCACUUGACAACUUUUUUGUACAUCAACUCCCUGGGGUACUGUGGCUCAUGGAAGUUGGGACCAGUACUGCUCCAUAAAGUGGUCCUAUAAAAAAAUGGUCAACUACAAAAAUACAGUUCAUGAUGUGAAUAUUCAUUUCGCAAAACAAUUCCUAGACCGAUUGAUUGUCUCGAGGCUCUACAAUACUCAUUCAAAGUUUACCAAUUAAAUUGUCCUACCGCUAUUAUAUUUAUAGUUUCAAAUUCAUUUUUUUUUCCAGAUCCCCGGCUCAAUGGCAACGCGCCAAUGGUCUCUGGGGCCGUUAA